AUGGCGUGGCCCUGCAUCACCCGCGCCUGCUGCAUCGCCCGUUUCUGGAACCAGCUGGAUAAAGCGGACAUCGCCGUCCCGCUGGUUUUCACCAAAUACUCGGAGGCCACCGAGCAUCCCGCCGCCCCCGCGCCCCUCCCGCGCCCCGCCGCUCCCAUCGACACCCAGCCCGGUGGGGAGGCGGCGGGGGAAGCGGUUCCCGGUCCUCCCCGGCCCGGCCCGGCCCCGCACGUCUCUCCGCCGGCCGAUUCCGUGAUGCGCCACGAUUACAAACCCUGGAAGGUCCAGCGGCCGGAGCCCAGCUGCAAGCCCAAGAGCGAGUACCAGCCCUCGGAUACGCCCUUCGAGAAGGAGACCCAGUACCAGAAGGAUUUCCGAGCUUGGCCCAUCCCCAAGCGGGGCGACCACCCCUGGAUCCCCAAACCGGGACCUUCCCCCGUCCUCGCCUUGGAGCGCGCUUCCCCGGAGAAACCGGCUCAAGAGAAGCGCCGGAAGGUUCUCCUCGGCUCCGAGAAGAAAGAGGAAGACCCCGACGGGGAGGAUGAACAGCCCAAAGCGCUGCGGGCCGGGGAGGGGAGAGAGAAGGGCCGCAAGAAGGCGGAGGAGCCGGGGGGAGGCAGGGCGGCCGCCGAUGCUCUCAACAGGCAGAUCAAGGAGGAGGUGGCGGCGGGGGUCAGCUCGUCCUACAGAAACGAGUUCAGACCCUGGGUAGACGUCAAACCUGUGAAAGCUAUAAAAGCGAAGGCCCAGUACAAGCCGCCGGAGGAGAAAAUGACACAUGAAACCAGUUACAGUGCUCAAUUCAAGGGGGAAACCAGUAAGCCUGCUCCAGCUGAUAACAAAUUCCUGGAGCGCAGGAGGAUACGCACUCUCUACAGCGAACCCUACAAAGAACCGCCAAAGGUGGAAAAGCCUAGCGUAAAGCCUUCCAAACCAAAAAAGACCACAACAAGCCAUAAACCCCUGAAAAAGGCCAAAGACAAGCAGAUUGCAUCUGGCCGGGCUGCCAAGAAAAAGAGCGCCGAGACCUCCAACACAGCAAAGCCAGAGGACAAGGAGAAAAGUAAAGAGAUGAACAAUAAACUGGCUGAGGCAAAAGAGUAAAUGUCACUGCACUUUCUUCCUCCUUUUUUUCCUUUUCUUUCUUUCUUUCUUUUUUUCUUUCUUCCCUUUUUUUUUUCCUUUGAUUAAAUAAAGGCCACAAAAUUAAUUAGAGGCUUCUAAUCUGCUUUUUGUUCUGACUGUAUUAGAAGCUUUUCUGUUUUAUUUCCAAGGAGGAUUAGGGAAUCCUUGUUUCUGAGGUCAGGUUGUUCUGCUUUGCCUGCACAACACGGCUCUGCACAGAGUGAGGGACGUGGGAAUGCACAAGUGGGGUCGUAGGAGAUGAAGGUGAUGAAUCAACCGUGAUUGCGUCCAACAGCCUGUCCCUUUCCGCAGGCCUGGUCCUUCAAUGCUUUGACGGCGUGGAAGUGCCCGUAGAGCCAUGAAGGGGCUGUGCUCUCAUCCCAUGAGGCCCUUUUGGGGUUGGCCGUUCCUCGGCCGUCUCCCACUGGUGUCAGCAGGUGGAAGGUUUUUUGGAGGCAGAGAGGAUCAGAGGUUCAUUCAUGGUGCUGUGGAUCUGCUGUAAAUCCACUAGAAUCAGUGGUGUGGCCAAGAGCAAUUUCCCCUGGUGACACUGGUGGGACUUUCGCUCCAAGAAGCAACGGGAAAGGAGAUCCUGUGCAAAUAAAGGGCCAAAUCCUCCCCCAGGGUAGCUAGGGGGUAGGUCUAGCUGCAUCAAGGCAGCUUCAUCCAUCAACACCACUUGGAAGUCCUUGAUUUAAAAAAAAAAGGAGUGAGGGAAGGCACAGAGAGCAGUGAAGACUUCCCAAGCAUGUGGCAGGUCAGACUAGGUUAUCAGCAGGCUGUUCUUCCCUAUUGUUUCCCCUAGGUUAUGGAUCUUUUUAGUUAUUCCGGGUUUGUUUUGAAUCUUGGUCUGCUUUCUUCACUUCUGGGGUGCCAGUAGACAGAGCUAGAUUUCAGAAAGAGGUUUAGUUUGCAGACGUGACCUUCCGAAGGGUAGAAAGAAAUGAGUCACCAAGGUUGACUAGAGCUGUCAGCCCCCAUUGUUUUGACUCUACCAGCUGUUGGAGUUCAUGUUGGCUCGUGAGCAUCCUAAGAGGGCCAUAAACCAGUUGCUGGGAUCCCUAGAAUCUCUCCAGGCAAGAUCUCAGGGUUUCAAUCCUAUUUACUGUGCUCUUACUCUAGGA